CCCAACAAAACAAAUAGAUGCUUGAUUUUGAAAUUCAUUCAUGGAUGAUUGAUUUGGUGGUUUGAGUUUUGAGUGAGAAUUGAGAGAUCUUCCUUCAACUUGCUACGACGCCGUUUCCGUCAAUGGUGAAGGGGCUGCACAGCCAGAACCUCCCCGCCGAUGUGGCGCAGGUCGUCGAUCAGCUCGAGCGCCACUGCUUGGCUCCCGAUGGAUCUCUCAUGUCCAAACCUCUCUACAACGAUCUCCAACUCGCCAGAGAGGAAAUGUGCAGGGAAAGAUUGCGUUACCUGGAAGCCAUGGCUAUAUAUUCUGAGGCUAUUGCAAUGGUGGAAGAGUAUCAGCAAGCCAUUUCCAUGUCUAGCCUUGGUGGAAUUAGAGAUACCGGCGGUCUUUAUCCACAGCUUGGGUUGAGGAACUCUCCUCAGGUUUACCAAACUUUAGAGCAUCAAAUGGUUGUGGCUGAGGCAGCUCAACGAUUGAGACUACCCCUUAUUUCUAAAGAUGGAGAAGUUCAUGAUGAAGAUAUUGAAAAACUGAGUGUAGUGUCUCGAAGCUCCCUUGACAGCACUAGCACCAGUGCUAUGAUCAACUCAAGCAUGAAUUCUUCUAAUUAUACCACUCCAAAUAGCUCUGUUAGUGGGGCUAAUUCAUCUCUUGCUGCUAUGGAUCCAGUGGAACCUGGAGUGGGUGGAGUUCCCAGUCGUUUUCUUGGAAUUACACCUUCUUAUUUGUGGCAAACUCAGCAUCAACAAACACCAUUAUCUGUGGAUAUGACAGAGUAUCGGAUGUCUCUCUCGCGUGAGGUAGAGGCCCGCUUGAAAAUGAAAUGUGAUAUGUUAUUAGAAGCCUUUAUAUUGGAUGACAGCGACUCUUCAUCUGGAAGUCAAAGUUCAAGUUCUCGGCUUCCGGAAAGGGUGAAGUUGUUGAUUGAGGAGAUUGAAAGAGAAGAAGCAGCACUGCGGGAUGACCUUUAUUCUGCUGAUAGGAAAUUUGCUGAAUAUUAUAAUGUCUUGGAGCAGAUACUAGGGGUGCUCAUUAAACUUGUCAAAGAUUUGAAGUUGGAGCAUCAACAUAAAUAUGAUGAGCUGCAGAAGACAUGGCUCUGUAAACGAUGUGCGACCAUGAGUGCAAAAUUGAGGGUUCUACAACAUGUUCUCCUGCUUGAAACUUACACAAAGGACUCUAUACCUGCCCUUCAUAAGAUAAGGAAGUAUCUCGUUGAGGCUACUGAAGAAGCUUCUAUUGCAUACAAUAAAGCGGUUACUCGCCUGCGUGAGUACCAGGGUGUUGAUCCUCACUUCGACAACAUUGCAAGGCAGUACCAUGACAUUGUAAAGAAAUUGGAGAACAUGCAGUGGACAAUCCACCAAGUUGAAAUGGACCUGAAACGCUUGCCAGAUAACCCCAGCACAUAGAAACUUCAUGUUUAGUCCCCUUAACACGGAUGUAAAUGGUAUUAAAGAUAUCCCCCUCCCUUAACUCUGCAUUCAUCUAGUCACUCAUGAUUAAUGUAAUCUUUAAUUUGUGUGCUUGUUUAAUUAUUUGGACUACCCUUUUGUUGGGUUCCUUCAAUAUGAAGUGCAGGGUGAUAGAUAGCAUUUACCUGCUGGAGGGGGACAGAAAAAGAAAUCAUGCUGUUACUGCUUGUUUGUGAUGAUGUGAGAUUUCAGUCUUAGGAUUUUGGAGAUUUUGGUGUUCAUAUGUUUUCAAGGCUAUAGCAUAGUUGCUCAAUAGUAUUUGUUUAUUUAUUUUUUAAGAUGAGUAAUUUACAGUUUACAGAACAUUGUGACAGAAUUCAGUUGUGUUUUAUCAAGGUUUAAGAGUAGUUCUUUU